AUGGAGAAGCAAGCCCCCAGUAGGAUGGGAAUAAUCCGGUCAGAGUCUCCGUCCCACAUUAAAUUGCUCAUAAUCAACCGGGAGCUUCUGGUCACCCACAUCCACAACACUCAGUGCCUGCUGGACAAUCUGCUGAAGAAUGACUACUUCUCAGAGGAAGAUGCAGAGAUCGUGUGUGCCUGCCCCACCCAGCCUGACAAGGUCCGCAAACUCCUGGACCUGGUGCAGAGCAAGGGUGAGGAGGUGUGUGAGUUCCUUCUCUAUGUGAUCCAGCAACUUGAAGAUGCUUACGUGGACCUCAGGCCAUGGCUGUCGGAGAUCAGCUUCUCCCCUUCCCAGCUCAUUCAGAGCAGAACUGUGGUCAACACCGACCCAGUAAGCAGGUACACCCAGAAGCUGCGGCACCACCUGGGCUGUGACUCCAAGUUCAUCCUGUGCUAUGGCCAGAAGGAAGAGCUACUGCUGGAAGAGGUGUACAUGGACACUGUCAUGGAGCUGGUCGGCUUUGCCAAUGAGAGCCUGGGGCACCUGGGCAACCUGGCUGGCCUCCUGGACCACUCCACGGGCAUCCUCAAUGAGCAAGGUGAGACUGUGUUCUUGUCCGGCAAUGCUGGAGUGGGCAAGUCUGUGCUAUUGCAGCGGCUGCAGAGCCUCUGGGCCUCAGGCCAGCUGGAUGCUUGUGUCAAGUUCUUCUUCCACUUCCGAUGCCGUACAUUCAGUUGCUUCAAGGAGAGCGAUGUACUGAGUCUUCAGGACCUACUCUUCAAGCAUUAUUGCUAUCCAGAGCAGGACCCCGAGGAGGUGUUCGCCUUCCUGCUACGCUUCCCCCACACGGCCCUCUUCACCUUCGAUGGCCUAGAUGAGCUCCACUCAGACUUUGACCUGAGCAGUGUGCCUGACAUCUCCUCCCCCUUGGCACCUGCCCACCCCCUUGUCCUACUGGCCAACUUGCUCAGCGGGAAGCUGCUCAAGGGGGCCACCAAGCUGCUCACAGCCCGCACGGGCAUCGAGAUCCCACGCCAGCUCCUCAGGAAGAAGGUGCAUCUGCGGGGCUUCUCCCCCAGCCACUUGCAGGCCUACGCUCGGCAGAUGUUCCCCGACCGGGUGCUGCAGGCCCGCCUACUGGACCAGCUGGAAGCCAACCCCAACCUCUGCAGCCUGUGCACGGUGCCUCUCUUCUGCUGGAUCAUCUUCCGCUGCUUCCAGCACUUCUACGCUGCCUUCGACACCACCCCACAGCUGCCUGAUUACACAGUGACACUGACCGACAUAUUCCUACUGGCCACCGAGGACCACCUGAACAGGGUACAGCCCACGAGCCUGGUGCAGCGGAACACUCGGAGCCAGGUGGAGGCCUUCUGCUCCAGCCAGAGGACCCUGCACUCACUGGGCCAGUUGGCUCACUGGGGCAUGGAGAACAGCCUGUUUGUCUUCAGCCAGGAGCAGGUGCAGGCCUCUGAGUUGCAGGAGGAGGACCUGCAGCUGGGCUUCCUGCGGGCUGUGCUGGACCUGGGCCCUGGAGGGGAGCAGCUGUCCUAUGAGUUUUUCCACAUCACUCUUCAGGCCUUCUUUACGGCCUUCUUCCUUGUGGUGGAUGAUAAGGUGGGCACUCAGGAGCUCCUCAGGUUCUUCCAGGAGUGGGUGCCUCCUGGCGGGGCAGCAGUGACAUCCUGCUUUUCCCCCUUCCUCCCUUUCCAGUGCCUGGGUGUCAGUGGCCUGGCGAGGGAGGACCCUUUCAAGAACAAGGACCAUUUUCAUUUUACCAACCUCUUCCUGUGUGGGCUGUUAUCCAAAGCCAAACAGAAACUCCUGCAGCACCUGGUGCCUGUGGCGACCCUGAAAAGAAAGCGAAAGGCCCUAUGGGCCCACUUGUUUCGCAGCCUGAGGUCCUACCUGAAGAACCUGCCCCGAGUUCAGUCUGGGGGCUUCAGCCAGGUACAGGCCAUGCCCACUUUCAUCUGGAUGCUUCGCUGUAUCUAUGAGACACAGAGCGAGAAGGUAGGGCAGCUGGCAGCCAGGGGCAUCUGCGCCAACUAUCUCAAGCUGACCUACUGCAACGCCUGCUCAGCCGACUGUAGCGCCCUCUCCUUCGUCCUGCACCACUCCCGCAAGCAGCUGGCCCUUGAUCUAGACAACAACAAUCUCAAUGACUAUGGUGUGCGGGAACUGCAGCCCUGCUUCAGCUGCCUCACUGUCAUCAGACUCAGUGUGAACCAGAUCACUGACAGUGGGGUGAAAGUGCUAUCUGAAGAGCUGACCAAAUACAAAAUCCUGACAUUCUUGGGCUUAUACAACAACCAGAUCACUGAUGUGGGAGUCAAGUACAUUGCCAAGAUCCUGGAUGAAUGCAAAAGCCUUACACACCUUAAGCUAGGACUAAACAAAAUAACGAGUGAAGGAGGCAAGUGUCUCGCCCUGGCUGUGAAGAAUAGCAAAUCAAUCUUUGACGUUGGAAAACUGAGGAAACUGAGACUCAGGAGGUUACGUAAUUUGUCUAAAGUCACACAGGAGAUAUGUUCUUUCAGGCUUAUCCAGAACCAGAUCACAGUCAAGGGCAUUGCCCAGCUGGCAGAUGCAUUGAAGAAGAACACCGGCAUAACAGAGAUUUGCCUAAAUGGAAACUUGAUAAAACCAGAAGAGGCCAAAGUCUUUGAAGAUGAGAAGCGCAUUGUCUUUUUCUGA